AUGGCGACGAACGUUCUUGUUUAUUCAUACGAUACGGUGAAAAAGGAGUGGAAAUUAUUGACCAAGCUCGAUGAAGAGGGAGAACCCAAGGCUCACACUUACCAUUUGAUGGCUUCGGAUGCAAACCAUGUGUAUGUAUUCGGUGGGGUGAGCAAAGGUGGGACGAACCAAACCCCUGUGCGUUUCAGGACGAUCGAGGCAUAUAACAUUGCUGCUGGGAUAUGGGUUCAGUUACCGGAUCCUGGAGUGCAGUUCGAGAAGUUCGAGAAAAGAGGUGCAUCUGGAUUCAUUGUGGUGCAAGGAAAGAUUAGGGUGAUUUACGGGUUUGCUAAUUCGCCUGAUCCUAAUGGGAAGAACGACUAUGAGUCUGAUCUUGUGAACUACUUUAAUCCCGCUACUGAAAUAUGGACCGAAGUGGAGACUAAAGGACAGAAACCUUUGGCGAGGAGAGUGUUUGGUCAUGCGUUAGUAGGAAAAUAUAUACUAAUAUUUGGAGGUGAGAUCUGGCGGGACCCAAAAGCACAUUUGAGUCCCGGGACGUUGUCCAGUGAGGAUUUUGCGUUGAACACUGAGACAUUGGUGUGGGAGAAGUUUGGAGGAGGAACUGAACCGGGGCAACUUGGUUGGCCCGCCUACACGAGUGCCACCGUCUAUGGAAAGAAAGGCCUCCUCAUGCAUGGAGGAAAACGUCCGACCAAUAAUCCUACCGAUUAGAUGUACUUCUACGCAGUCAAUAGCGCCUAA